AUGGAUGCGUAUUUUUAUUUGAGGAUAAUUAUUUAGUUUAAGUUAAUAAAAUUUUUAUUGAUGGCUAUACAACCAGGCUUAUUGGACAUGCAUGCCUUAAAAUGUUUGAGUAAUUAAAUCACGUUCUAGCACAAUAUUGUUUGUUACUUUUAAACUGAUGGUAAAAAAGGUUCGACUAUUAUUUGA